UUUCAGAUUCCCUUAUAGGCCAGAAGCUUUUACCGGGCAAUGUAGAAAUACAACUGCAACACAUCGAUGUGUGAGGCACUCAUGUUACAGCCCCCACCUACUCUGCGCCUGCUCUGUACCGACGCCGAAGCAUAUAUAGGUAGCUCAUCAAAACUAGCUCGUCUUGAAAAGUGUCUCCACACCGUGCGUAGCAAUAACGGCAUUAGCUUAGCAUAGCAUCCGGUGAAUUAGCCAGUAACACACGGAACUAAAAUGAUAUGAACGUGUGGAUGUGACAGUCACGUCGUGUUCCUGACUCGACCAAUGUUGAUGUGGAAGUUUUUAUUUUCUAAAAGAAAGAAAGAAAUGCUUAACGGCGGUUUACCAGCGCGUUUAUGUUAGCCUGCUAAUUCUAGCUAACUAGCAGUCUGGCUAACAGGAGACCAGUCAGCAGAUUGACAGGGAGCAGCCAAGAUCUGUGUGAACUUGAAGCAAUGGAUUGUGACUCGGCAGCCACCUCUGAGCGAAUUCUGCUAGAACCAUACAAGUACUUGUUGCAACUACCAGGAAAGCAGGUGAGGACAAAACUGUCCCAAGCAUUCAACCACUGGCUCAAUGUUCCAGAGGACAAACUGCAGGGGAUCAUCGAGGUGACUGAGAUGCUGCACAACGCCAGCCUGCUCAUAGACGACAUCGAGGACGGCUCCAAGCUGCGGCGAGGCUUCCCCGUGGCCCACAGCAUCUACGGCAUCCCCUCCGUCAUCAACUCGGCCAACUACGUCUACUUCUUGGGGUUGGAGAAGGUGCUGACCCUGGAGCACCCCGAGGCUGUCCAAGUGUUUACCCGGCAGCUGUUGGAGCUGCACCGCGGUCAGGGUCUGGACAUCCACUGGAGGGACACCUACACCUGUCCCACUGAGCAGGAGUACCGCAACAUGGUGCUGCAGAAAACUGGAGGGCUUUUUGGUUUGGCUGUGGGCUUGAUGCAGCUCUUCUCAGAUUUUAAACAGGACCUGAAACCCCUCCUGGACGCACUGGGUCUCUUCUUCCAGAUCCGCGACGACUACGCCAACCUGAGCUCACGCGAGUACACUGAGAACAAGAGCUUCUGCGAGGACUUGACCGAGGGCAAGUUCUCUUUCCCCACCAUUCAUGCCAUAUGGUCGCGUCCAGAGAGCACCCAGGUGCAGAACAUCCUUAGGCAGCGCACAGAGAACAUGGACAUCAAACGAUAUUGUGUGGAUUACCUGGAGAAGGUGGGCUCCUUUGCUUACACUCGUCAGACUCUGCGGGUACUGGAGGCCGAGGUCUACCGCCUCAUCGGGGAGUUUGGGGGGAACCCUCAACUGGAAAGCCUUGUCAAACACCUCAGCAAAAUGCACCGUGAUGCUGAAGCCUCAGCAGAGUCCAGUACUGAGCCACACUCCAGCCAGAACUACUGACCUCAUCCACCUGUCACUGCUACAUGACUCGCAUACUAGCCCCGCACACAGAAGCUUUGCUAAUACACUUAUGCACAUGUACACAUUUACCGAAAAGCUCAACACUCAUACCGGUUUGUUACCUUCGCAAAGUAUUUAAUGAGUCACAAUAAACUAUUAAACUCCAGCUUUUAAAUUCUGGUAAACAUCUUUGACUGCAUUCAGCAGCGACGAAACCGCAAAUCAGCCCCAAAUGUUGCCUUUCUCUUUUGUGUGCUAGAUGGCAUCCUUCACUUGUUAUCAAUUUUUGUAUCCAAUUGUAGCUGUGCAGUCAGUGGAAGAAAUAAAUUAAAACAACUUACAACGGUAUUAUGUUUGCCUUUCUGAAAAUGAAAAAUAACAAUGGCUUCCCUUUGAUGUGCACUACAGUGCAUAUACAUUUAUUUUUUAUGUUUUGCCACCAAAUGAAAAUUGUUUAUCUCGAGCUGAGUGAAUGCCGGGUGUUUAUUUUCUGAAGUCUCUGUUUAGAAAAGGACGUCUCGAGUGUAUGACGCGUGAUGAUCUGUAAUCAUUAAGCCGCCACAGUGCCGAUCGUGUAGAAAAGACCUGCAACUCAAGUGUCUACUUGUUAUGUAACCUGCUGGCAUUAUAUGCAAAGUAGUGCUUAGGCUGCUUAUGCUCUGCUGUAUAUGAAUACUGUGGAUGUUUGGGUUUUAUUGCACACUGCAUUUCCAUCUGGUUCAGAUUCAACACAGCUCUUCACAUUUCUAAUAUUUUCUUAGGGUUACUCAAUUAUGCUCUUUGUAAGUAGACACUGUGCUACAUUUAAGAACUUCUUUGCAUCUAUUGAAUAAAAAAAAACAACCUUUUUAAAGAUAA